AUUGGUGGGUGGGGAGCCAUCUGUCCGUCCCGGCAUGCUAGACUGCACUAGCUGGUGGUUACGUUGUGUCUUUUCCCCGGUGGGUUGGAAGUAGUUACCUUUGUAGCCAAAAAGGAGGAAGGAAGGAAUCGACACACACACACACACACACACACACACGCAACCCCAGGGAGGAAGUUCAUUGAGACACUGAGAUUGCUCCUGGUUGCCCGGGCUCGCCUCUGAAGUGUGGCUGCGGUGCUGCUGUUGUUGUUGUUGUUUGGUUGUUGUUGUUGCUUCUCUGGAGCCUCCACUUCUCCAACAACACCCCAUCCCCGGAGGGGGGGCUCCUGGCAGCGACUUUUUUGGGGGGAAGGCAGCGCGGAAGCGGACGCUGGAGGUUUGAUUGACAGGCAAUGGCUACAAAUUGCUGUCUGGAGUGAGCUGAAGAUGCAGCCAUCUGACUAACAGGGCAUGGCAGCUAGAGAUCUCAACGUGCUUUACAAAGAGGCCCCUCCACCCAUUCGCAAUCCCAGUUGUAGUCCAUGGGGGAUGUGGUGUAGUAGGAUUGGAAUGGAACUCGGGAGAGCCAGAGCCUGCUUCCAGCUCCGCCACUGACUUGCUGCGUGGCCAUGGGUUUCCAAGCAGCCCCUGGAGGCCCAAAGCACCUGGAAUUAACCGGACGGCAGCAUAACAUGAACUGAGCAAGAAGCAACCCGGAUUUUUGUUUGUUUUUUGGUUUUAAAAACUUUUACAUACCAAAACAUUCUUUCAUGAAAACGUUUUAAAACAGGGUUAUUUUUCCCCUCCCCCGCACAAGAAAGUCGUCCCCGUACGGUGAGGAUUUCCGGAGAAGAUGGGGAGGAAAAAGAUCCAGAUUCAGCGGAUCACGGAUGAGCGAAAUCGACAGGUGACCUUCACCAAGCGGAAGUUCGGUUUGAUGAAGAAAGCCUACGAGCUGAGCGUCCUGUGCGACUGUGAGAUCGCCCUGAUCAUCUUCAACCACUCAAACAAGCUGUUCCAGUACGCCAGCACGGACAUGGACAAAGUGCUGCUUAAGUACACCGAGUACAACGAGCCGCACGAGAGCCGGACCAACGCAGACAUCAUCGAGACAUUAAGAAAGAAAGGUUUUAACGGUUGCGACAGCCCGGAACCGGACGGAGACGACUCCAUUGACCAGAGCCCCCUGAUGGAGGAUAAAUACCGCAAAGCCAGCGAGGAUCUGGAUAUCCUCUUCAAACGAUAUGGUUCUGCAGUGCCCGCUCCGAACUUCGCCAUGCCAGUGACAGUUCCGGUGACCAAUCAAAACACGUUACAGUUCAGCAACCCCGGGGGCUCCUUGGUGACCCAGUCGCUGGUGACCUCUUCGUUGACGGAUCCAAGACUCCUCUCACCACAGCAGCCGGCCCUGCAGAGAAACACCGUGUCGCCGGGUUUGCCGCAGAGGCCAGCCAGCGCAGGGGCGAUGCUCGGGGGAGACUUGAACAACACCAACGGAGCUUGCCCAAGCCCAGUCGGAAACGGGUAUGUCAGUGCCAGAGCCUCGCCGGGUCUCCUCCCGGUCUCAAACGGCAACACCAUGGGCAAGAUCAUCCCGGCAAAGUCGCCGCCGCCGCCCUCCCACGGCACGCAGCUCGCCGCCAACAGCCGCAAGCCGGACUUACGCGUGAUCACCUCGCAGGGCGCAAAGGGUUUGAUGCACCAUUUGACGGAGGACCACUUGGAUCUGCAGAAUGCACAGAGGUUAGGAGUCUCCCAAGCAACUCAUUCUUUAACCACGCCUGUCGUGUCGGUGGCCACUCCAAGUCUGCUGACCCAGGGCCUGCCUUUCUCUGCCAUGCCCACCGCGUACAACACAGAUUAUCAACUGACCAGUGCAGAGCUAUCCUCACUCCCGGCGUUCAGCUCUCCCAGCGGGUUGUCGCUUGGCAACAUCUCUGCCUGGCAACAGCAACAUCAGCAGCAGCAACAGCAGCAACAACAACAACAACAGCAGCAACAACAGCAGCAGCAACAACAACAACAGCAGCAGCAACAUCUUGUUCCUGUAUCACUAAGCAACUUAAUACAAGGGGGUCACUUAUCUCACACCACCACGUUGACUGUCAACACCAACCCCAACAUCAGCAUCAAGUCGGAGCCCGUCUCGCCCAACCGGGAACGAAACACUGCCACGCCGCUCAGCUCCUUCCCGCAUCAGAGCCGGCACGAGCCGACGGGGCGUUCUCCCGUCGACAGCCUCAGCAGCAACGCCAGCUCCUAUGAAGGCAACGAGCGGGAUGACCCCGCCAGAGCCGAUUUCGGCUCGUCCCUCGGCCUCCUGAGACCCACGACCGAGGCCGAGGGAGAGAGCCCAUCCGUAAAGCGCGUGCGGCUGGAUGCCUGGCAUCUACAAGCUCAGUGGCUUUGAGAUCCGCCAAACAGGCCCAGAAAUACUUCAAAGUGGAGGAGGAAAAAGUCAUGGUAGGACUUGCGGGUGUAGUCGGCUUCUUGUAGCCCACCAUUUAUUCCAGAAGUUUCUAGACUUUUAGAACACUUCCAACUCAGCGCGAGAUGGAAGAUUGAGAAGCAGAGACCUGUUGAGAUUACAGCAGCUAAAGAAUAAGAAUACUAAAGCACUAAAAUGUGAGAUGGUUUCAAAACAGAACAUUUUUGUUUGUUUUUCGACAUUUUCCGCCACAUUUUGGAACUUUUUCAUCUUUUUGUCGUUCCAUUUUUGAAAAUUCUCAAUUAGAAAAAUGGAUAUUUUCAGUUUUGAAAUGAACGUUUUUGGUUUAGGAAAUUUUCAGUUUUGGAAAAGCCCUUCCAUGCGACUAUGCUGACCGACCAAAAUUAGCAAUAAGGGAAGAGGGGGAAAAAGCCCUCCAAAACCCAAAAAUGAACAGUUACAUGAAAAUGCAAUGCAAUAAAUGCAGGUUUUCUUAGGUGGGAAAAAGGGAAAAUGUAAACAAAAUCUAAUUUUGAGAGGUGACAUUUUUCUUUUUUAUUUUUAAAAAGGCCAUUUUUUUGUUGAAUUAGUUUUUCAUUUAUUUUUUUUUUGGGGGGGGCCUACUUCUCCCAGAUCUAAAGCCUCUCUAAAUAUAUGUGUGCCCUUAAAACACAGCUCUCCUUGGCAGAUUUCAGAUCGUUCCCCGAGUGGUCAUGAGUUCUCACUGGCACGAACUCGACCCCUUUGCUUACAGCCUCAGUAGAAAGGCCCUGGAUUGAACGUGCCCCUCGGGGAGUUGUUCCAGAGCAAUGCUGCUGGCUGCGUGGUUCUAUGGAUCAAGGAAGGACUUCAUUGUCCAGGUCCAUCAGCCUUUCUCUAGUGAACAGCAGGCUUCAACUGGCACUGCUUGUCCUAUAUCAUCAGAUGCUAACUUAGCACUUUGUUUGGCAGUUCAGAUGAAUUCGCUAGCAGGUUCUUCCAUAGAUAACUUCUACCAUGACUUUUUUCCCUUAAAUGAAAUUCCUCGAUGUGCAAAGGCCCGGUCAAGGCCUGAGGAGCAUUAGACCCACUAGUCUCCAAGCCAUGGGGCUUAAAUAGGAAUUAAGUGGCAUACACAUCUCGUGUCGGCCCCUCUGCGUAUGGAUGAGUUUCAUCCUGGGGGCUAGAUCUCCAGCAGGUGUAAAUCAAUGUUAUUUCCAUUGAUCUACACUGAGGAUCUGGCCCUUGGGGAAUUCUGGGUUUAUGGACUACUGCCGCCUUGCAAAAUUAUCGUGAAAAUGGAGCAGCUUGGGAGCAAAAUCCUACUCGCCAUAAGGAUGGACAAAUCAACAAAUUAUUCUGUUUGCUUGUCAAAGAGACCUCGAAAGUUGAGCAAUUUGCAACUUUGACAACACUGGAUUUGAGAAAACGUUUUGAUCAUGAUUACUUUUUGUUUUAUUAAAAAAAAGGUUUCCAAAUGUCAACAGCUUUUUUUCCACAAUAAAAAUGUUGACUACUUUCCCCAUGGGCUCGCAAUCCAGAGUGGAGUUUUGCAAGGCUGCGUGGGGCUGUGUUGCAAACUGGGCAGUAUGUGGGAGGUCUCUGUGGCAGGUUUUAUGUUGCCUCCAUAUGUCAAUCUAAGUUGAAGUCCCCAAUCUGAAACUUAUCUGACCAUCAAAAUCAGAGCACGCCCACCUUAUUACAUUAGCGAUGUAUGGGUACCAUCCAUCCCUCCGAAGGCUUUGCACGGCCAUGCUUUGAAAUUAAGCAGAAUACAAAGCAUUUCUCAUCAAUUUUAUUUUUCUGUCACUAUCCUGCAAAUAAACACUUUCUCUCCUGUUGGGAGACUUCCGGUGGAAUGUCAUUUGCAGCUCUCAGUGCAUUCUGUAGUGAAGAGGAUCCGAAAUGGCUAACUCCAUUGACAGGUAUAAAAGACCAUCUGACCUGCUCAAACAUCAAUGUAGAACAAACCUGAGGAAAAACCUUUUUUCUCAUUAACUUCAUACCCUAACUCCCAACUUGGCAUGUUUAUCUUGGAGCUGAGAGCUUGGAAAAUAAAAAUGCAACCUGGGUGCAUAUAUAUAUUUGGAGAGAGAAUGGAGACAGACCACCAAUUGACUGGCUAAAUCGGUUACAAAAUGGCAUUAAACUGUGGCACCAAGCAGCUAACAUUUCAAAUAAAUAAAAAGCCAAGGUUCAAAGGUGAUCUUCAGAAAUCUGGUGGUGGGACUCUAAAACGUGCAUUGGCUCAACCCAUUUGGAAAUAUGCUUGUGGGACAGUUGGGAUUGCACCAGGGGAAUUGAUGGAGGGGGAUGUGGGGUUUGACAACCGCAUUAGCUUCACCGUUUGGGUGAAAUGAUUUUUGGGUUUGUUUGGGUUUUUUUCGUCUGGGUUAUUCUCUAUUUCCCCACAGACUGUAGAAUCCAGUCAACGCCUCCUGAUUUUCAAAAGACAACCAGAAGAAUGACAAUCUAAGAAAUCAACACCCUCCUUUGUGCUUCUAUAAAUAUGUUUCUGAUCUUUUAAUUUUAUUUCUUGUGCUCCACUGUACUGUUGACAGUUACAUUGUGUAUAAUUUUUUUUUAAUUUGGAAUUUUGCGUUGUAUAGGGUUUAGUUUUAAAAAUAUAUAUAUAUAUUUUUUUCCAUUUUUUAAAAAGGGGUGUUGCAAAAAAAAAAAUUGCACGAUUUAAAUGACGAACAGUUCAAAUGCUGCAGUUUUUAGAGAUACGGAAGCAAAACGGAGCUUAUUUAUUCUCAAAAGCUAUAAAAGGUGUAAAAUGCAUGAAGAAAAAAAACAUUUACAAAAAACAAAAACAAACAAAAAAAAAGACAAAAAAAGUGUAACCCGAACAAAGUGUAGCGUUAAAAAAAAAAAUUUAAACGAUGACAACAAUGAAAAACAGCUAAUAUAUUGUGUUUGGCUAGUUUGCUUUUGUUUUUAAUUGUUUCUUUUUUUUGGAGAAUGAAAUACAAUUGUGUAUAUUUUCAUAUAAGAAGUAUGCACUGAUAUGUUUCAAAAAAAUGAUAUAUUACUUUCUAAAGAUGUGGUUACUUACCAAAGUCUGUUUCUGAUCUUUUCCUUCUUGAAACCUAUGUGGAUCCUUCAACAUCCAUACUCUGGGGUGAAAUACAAGGGGCCUAUUUGAAGUUACACUAAGAUCUCUUUACAUUGCUGUGGGAGAGCGGCAGUGGCAUGAUCUUAAAGCCGUUUUACGCUGUCAGAGCAGCGGAAAGAGAACUUUGUGUAACAGGUUUACUUCUCAAGUGACUCAGAUGUGGGGUUUGCUUUGAUGUGUGGUACCUUCCCUACGAACACCAAAAACGUAGGGCGUAGCCUAGGUUAUGAACAGAUUUUAACCAUAGGUUAAAUGUUCCAUCAAAGACUGUUUUAAUCCAUCAGGAGAACAAAAUUGUCCUUCAAGGAUGGGGCGUGAGACAAAUCAAGACGUGCACUGAGGAUUUCCUGGGUAAAUUAAGAAUCAAACACAACACUGGACUCCUGUUUAAAGUCAUAUUUUGUCGAGCUGAUUCCAGUGCAUGAAAUUGGAUCAGGAGUUUCGUCUGUAUACAUCGGAGAUGGUGCUCCUGGCAGUGGUAGCAUUUUGGUGCCCUGGUUGUUGUUCAUUUCAACCCCUGGGUGUGCUUAUGUUUGGCCACGACAGAGGCCAUUUGACUGCGUUGGGACAGAUUGUGAUCAUGUGUAUGGUUUUUGCAGCCCUAAGGCUUAUGGAAAUUUUAGGCCACUUCAAAAAAUAACGUGAUAUUUCCUGUCAUCCCUUAAGGAAAGAGGUUGGGGUUGAUUUGCCUUUUUCUGACUAAGGAACUGGGGUGGGAGACGGGGAGCAAAAUUUCAGAGAUCGGUGUAGUUUCCAAAUUUGGGUUUGCAGCAAAAUAUUGUCAAAGGUGCAACGAGUCUAUGGGACAUGGCGUCGCCCGCAUGAGAAGGGCAGAGAGAAGAUCUCUCUGAAGCUGGAGCAGAGUGCAGACUAGAGAUUGGAGAUAAAUUUUACGGAGCCUGAUUCUCCAGCAGAGUAAAGGGAUCUCAAAGUUGGAGUCACAGCUGCACCUACUUUAAGGCCCCUUUAUGCUGCCAGAGUGAUGGAAAGGGGCCUGGGUGAAGGAGAAUUCAAGCUUGUAACAACUGAAUAGAAUUAAUUGGACAGCCGAACUCCUAACAGAGUUAUCCAGUGGCAAUCAGAUACCAUUGCAUAUGGGAAUAGGUAUAAAUUGGGUUGAAUGAAGUACUGAGUGGCGAUAAGCCAACAGGAAAAUCUUGGAUCCUACCACCCCUUCACUUUGCUGGAGGGGUCGGAGGUUGGCUCUGAAUGCAAAUUUCAUAUUUGGGUCCUAUCUCUAUAGUGGGCGAAAGCCAAACACGAGGGGCCUGGUUCUCCGCUGGCCCGCUUCUCAUGUAAUCACUGGCACUGCUGCAAUGUGAGUGUAAAACACUGCUGUUUCAUCUGGUAGAGAAUCACACUCAUAUUGCACUGACGUCAAUGAGCGAACAAGGGGCCGGGCAGCUGCGAAUCUGGGAGAGCAAAGUCCAGAGCAGUGUUGCGGUCUGAGCCCACCUCUGGACUUAGGCAGCGAAGCACAUGGGGCCAAAUCCUCCACUGGUGUAAACUGGAGUCAGUGGAGCCAUGCUGAGGCUGUCAGCAUUGGGGGGGGGAGGGGGCUGUGCUAAAUGAUUUCUCUCCAAACUCAGCAUUACUACGACCACUCGUUCCUUCGAACUUAGCCCAAAUUUCCUCCAUAGGACAUAUUUUGUCAGCAACAAAUCAUACGGUUUUCUGAAAUUUUGCACACCAACGUUAAUCCCCCACCCCACCCUCAGUUAUACAACCAUAAAGCAAUAUUACUACCCAGAAGCUCACGUGGGGCUAUAAUUGAGGGCAACAUUUGGUCUAAACUAGAGCCGGUUGAAAAACAACAACAACCCAAGAGCGCCUGUGUUUGGCAGGAGGAAGCAAAGAAAAUUGUCUUAACUUCCGCACUGCUGAAAAAUCUCAUCCAUCCGAAUCAACAAACUGAUUUUUUUUAUUUAAAAAAAGUUCCUUUUUUGGGGCCAGAAAAUUCCGUUGAAAUUUUGAAAACUGAACGUUGACUGGCUUAACCAAAACCAAAACCCAACCUCCCAAAUUUCAACAGCAAUUUGAAAGGUUUUGACCAGCUCUAGGAUAAACAUUGUAAAACUUUGAAUAACCACGCGGACGGGUAAUCUAGAGAGAAAUAUUUAUUUCUUUUAGUGGCUCUCUUAAGAGAUAUUGCAGGAAAAGAAUAUAUAUAUAAAUAUAUAUAUGGCUACACGGGAGUUCUUAAACUCCUUUUUUUGGUAAAUGCCAAUUCCCUACAUUGCUUAACUAUCCCUACUAGCGACAAGGUUUCUAGCGAACUUUUACACAGUUUUGUAACCUGAUGGAGUCAAAGAAUUGUUUUCAGUUUGCUAAAAGGUUUCUUCCCAUGCCUAUUGUUCCAUGCCAUUUCCCAUUUCAUCGUGAUGUCGUCCUCUCUUCCCGGUUCAUUCCUCCAAACGUUGGGUAGGAUUUUGAGAGAUCCCGGCCUUUGAAAGCAUCUGAAAUAUAUUCUUCGUUGGCCUACAAUUCUGUUUGCCCAAUAAAAUCGGGGGGGGGGGGGAGCAAUGGAGGGAGCUGCCUGAUUCCCUCGUGGUCUGUCCAGUUGUCAGCCUUUGCUUCACGUUUGGGUUGGUGUACGACUGUUGGACCACAUGGCUUGGUGGCAGUGGGGGUGAGGAGAGGCUGGCAGAGAGAUGGCGGAAAGGCAGAUUUUGUGCUGGUCAAGACAGGGCUGUGGGAGCCAGGUGCACCUGGCACUUGAGUGGUGGCCGGGUGGCUGCCUCCUGCCCUACACCAAGGACUGCCUCAGUUGUGAAGGGGGAACAGCUCACUGGCAAAAUGGCUACCCUGCACUCGAGUUUAGGUUCCCCAGUCGAGUUUAAGGAGGCCUCAUGCUUCACAGGAAUAAAUUUAAAUACUCCCCCCCACCCCCCCGGCCUCCUCUAUACAAGGCUGACGCAAGAUGAGCCAGUGUAGUGACCCGGGACCUUUAGCACCAAAAGCCUAGGCCUCUAUCACUUGAGCAAAAGGAGUAUCUCCCUUAGCUGGUAGCAGUAGCAAGCUCUUAUCCUCUGUGCGGACCAGCCACUAGAGGGGGACAUGGCUGCCUCAUCCCUUGAUAGCAGGAGCCAGCGUGCAGCAAGCCCUGCUCUGCUCUGUUGGGGGAAGCUAAGGCUGAAUGGAGUUCCCCAUGGUAGA